UGGGACCGACGUGGGACACUAGCACUUCCGCCUCGAGAUCAGCUAGCUACUCCGGCAUUAGCUGGCCCCACUUUAUCCUGUCUUACCCAAUCUAUGCCUAACUGUUCGAGGAAUUUAAUCGCUUUUAAACUCAUCGCUGAAUCUGGUCAAAGAAAAGAAGGGUGAAAUUAAUUUGCGCAAGGUUGUGGACCAUGACGCUUUUUCACUUCGGGAAUUGUUUUGCUUUGGCAUAUUUCCCUUAUUUCAUCACGUACAAAUGCAGUGGGCUGUCUGAAUACAAUGCCUUUUGGAGGUGUGUCCAAGCGGGGGCAACUUACCUAUUUGUGCAGCUUUGCAAAAUGCUGUUCUUGGCUACUUUUUUCCCUACAUGGGAAGGAGGGGCUGGCGUUUAUGACUUUGUUGGGGAGUUCAUGAAGGCCACUGUCGAUCUAGCAGACCUGCUAGGCCUCCAUCUUGUCAUGUCAAGGAACGCUGGGAAGGGAGAGUACAAGAUCAUGGUAGCAGCCAUGGGCUGGGCCACUGCCGAGCUAGUCAUGUCAAGGUGUAUUCCACUGUGGGUGGGGGCACGAGGAAUUGAAUUUGAUUGGAAAUACAUCCAAAUGAGCUUUGACUCUAACAUAAGUUUGGUGCACUACAUUGCUAUGGCAGCGGUUGUAUGGAUGUUUACCCGGUACGAUUUGCCGAAGAGCUUCCGCCUGCCUGUGACAGUGCUGCUUGGACUCUGUGUAUAUAAGGCCUUCCUCAUGGAACUGUUUGUCCACAUGUUCCUGCUGGGCAGCUGGACGGCGCUGCUGGUUAAAGCUGUGCUCACUGGGGCCAUCUCCCUGUGCUCCCUCUUCCUCUUCAUCACUCUGGUUCAUAGCAACUGAGCCGGCGGGGACUCUGCGUAGCUCCAGGAAUGCUGAACUUACCAGGAGUCAUUUCAGCUGUGUGGAACAGCUGAAACUUUGUUUGGAGUCUGAAGAUGGGAGAUGAGAUUAUGAAAAUAUUUAUGACAAAUGAUAUUAAAUAACAUUUAACAGUGAUGUCACCUCUUGGCUUGAUGCUGUAGUCAUGUUUUGAAAGGGCAACAAAUGAGAAUUGGCUGGGGCAUUUCAGACCUUUCACUUAUCUGAAGUGGACUAGGUUCUGUGUGUGUGUGUGUGUGUGUGUGUGUGUGUGUGUGUGUGUGUGUGUGUGUGUGUGUGUGUGUGUGUGUGUGUGUGUUUGUUUCCCAUGUGUUGCAUUGCAUUGAAUUGAAGUUCUCCCAGUCUUGUCCAAGGCUCUCUUGUUCAGUUCUUCACUGACAUCAUUCCAUAAGAAGUGAGCUGAUCUCACUGGUGCUCAGUUUGAGGUCUGUGUUGAGUGCAGCAAUGUCCGUAUUGGGCGUGCAUUCUUAACUGGCCUGAUCUAGCACCUCUGGGAUCUUACCAGGGCAUCUGCACAUCUCAUCAGAUCUUUGUGCUGUGCAAGUUUUUUUUUUACUCUUAAUAUGACUGUCACGUAACCAGCCUUGAACAUGUGUAAUAAAUGUACCUUUUUGAAACAA